AUGUCGUCGAAGCCAAACUCUCCCCCCGCCCUGAAAUGGGCCCUGGACGGACGCGAGGUCGACCUUCUUCACUAUGUCUUCGCUCGGAAGGAUGUCAAGCAGAUUCGCGGACACCCAGAUAAAGUCCUCGCGGCAAUUGAUGAUUACCAUAACCAGUUCAGCCAGCUCAUGAACGUCGGCCUAACCAAAGGCGCUUUCAUCACCGACAUUAUUGCUAAGCGUAAGCCAUCCGUGAUGAUCGAGCUUGGCGGCUACGUGGGUUAUUCUGCCAUUCUAUUCGGCGAUGCGAUCCGCAAGAAUGGAGGAAAGCAGUACCUGAGCAUCGAGAAGAAUCCCGAAAUGGCAGCUGUUGCGAACCAGCUGGUGGAUUUGGCUGGACUACGCGAUGUUGUGCGAAUUGUUGUUGGCUCUAGCAACGAGGUGCUGGAAGAGCUGAUUCUGGAGAAGAAGGAGAUUGAUUUGGUGGAGUUAAUUUUCAUGGAUCAUUGGCAGGAUUUAUAUUUGCCGGAUUUAUGGUUGCUAGAGGGGUUGAAGGUGUUGACUCCGGGCAAGUCUUUGCUUUUGGCGGAUAAUGUGAUUAUGCCUGGUGCGCCGAAAUAUUUGGAAUGGGUACAUGCGACUCCAGAGCAAAAGAAGGAUAUUAUCGCCAAGUCUGAUGUUGGUUCACUGAACCCAAAUGCAAGCCUGGUGUAUGAGACCGUUGUUUCUGAAUUUGACACUGAUUUCGGAAGGGAUGGAGUUGCAGUUACCAACAUCAAGGGAACACAAGACGUGUAG